AUAGGAAGAAGUUCUCAUGUCUCUCCAGGUGCAGGUCUCCGACGGCUGCGCAGUUGACUACGUACAGGUUUACUGCAAUAACCACAUUGUAACAAACAAACGGCUAGAAUCGAAAUACAUUGCUUUUUGUAAAAGUUACGGGAAGGGGACGACAUGGGCUCCUUUCUUGUCGCCUUUAUUUUGGUGACCUCGUCUUCGUUGAUCAACUCUGUCGUCUCGCUCGCUUGUGUUGAUGAGGAACAUUUUGAAGAAGACGUACUCUAUGCGGGGCAGCAGGAUCCGCCAUACCGGCUCAACUGCUCCUUGGGGUCAAUUCCUCACGUCCAGGGUGACCCCCGGCCUCAGCUCACUUGGCUGAAAGACUGUCAGCUGUUUGGUGCCCAGCAGGGGAAUUACUACCUUGAGUUUGCAAACAUCUCUGUUGACGCUGGAGGGAACUACACUUGUUUGCAGCCCGGCAACAACACUGCUUCAUUCACUGUGCGCCUCGUAGUUAAAGCAUCCAAGUGCUCCAUGGGUCCAGAGUUCUCAUCGAAUGAAGUUCUGAGCACCACCUGGGGGAAGUUGGGAUCCAUCGUCUAUCUGAAUUGCACCGUCCUGCUUUCCUGGGACCCGACUGACAAGCGAUGCGACGCCUCGCUGCGGUGGACAAAAGACGGCCGUGCCCUGAGCAAUGGCUCGCUGCUUUUGCAAAACACGUCUUCAUGGUUUCAAGCUGGAGAUCAGCUGGUGGUGAGCAGUGUGCUGGCAGUCCAUCUUCACGAGUUGGAAGACUUUGGACUGUAUAGCUGCACAGUGAGGAACUCUUCGUCCGACUUCAACCUGCAGAAAUCAAACAGCCCAAGCCACACUGCUGCCGUCACCGCAGCCUUUGUCGUCCUCCUCCUGCUGGCUGUAGCCGCUGUCAUCUACUCCAAGUGCCACCUGAACAUCAAACUGUGGUAUCGCGACUCGUACGGAGACUACGAGAUGGGCGACGGAAAGUUGUACGACGCCUACAUCUCCUACGUGAACAAUGACUACGACAGGAAGUUUGUCAACUUUAUUCUCAAACCUCACCUGGAGAAUAAACAUGUAUACAAAGUGCAUCUCAAUGACAACAACAUCAUGCCUGGUUCGGAACCUUCGGCGGAGCUUUUGAUGAACAUAAGUCGCUCCCGACGUCUCAUCGUGUUGCUGUCUCUUGCGUACCUGGAGCAGGACUGGUGCACCGGCAACUUCAGACAGGGCCUGCUGCACCUGUUGGAGCUGUGCCGGCAGCCCAUCGUCAUCAUGUUAGAAGGGCAGCUCAAGCGCAUGAGCCCUGAAAUCAGGCAGCAGCUUGGUGAGCACCAACACUCUCUCACCCUACUCACAUGGAGGCACAACUCUGUGACUCCCUCCUCUGCGUUUUGGAAGGAGCUGGCCCUAGCCAUGCCUCGCAGGGUUGUCUUCCACAGCCAGGCGAAGGGAGACCCCCAGACUGUCCUCCAGGAUGACAAAGACCCCAUGCUGACCCUUGACCCCGACUAUCUGGACUGCCGCUCUGACACAGACCCUGAUGGAGACCUCGGCGUGCGGCUCCCCGUGUACAAAGCCAUGACCUCCAAGGCCCCGAUCCUUCCCGUUGUAUGCAGCAGUGAGCGAGAACCAAAAAAAACAGACAUAGAUGUGUCAGACCUGGGAGCACGCAAUUACGGAACACGCUCCGAUUUUUACUGCCUUGUCACAAAAGAGGACAUCUGAACACAUACAGUACACUUACCUCUGAUUAACCUAAUUAUCAAGAGUUAAGGUCUACUUUUACAAUGUUGUGUUUUUUGUGCGUCGGUUAAAUCUGAAUGUGCCUCAUGUUGCUUUAAAUUUGGUGUUUCAAAAGCACCCAGUCAGCAAAAUUGGUCUGGCCCAGCUCUGGGGCAGACAUGGCAGUACACUCGGCCCACAUACCUCAAUGAAUGACGGUCCUGCAGUGGCCCACGUCUGGCAUCCAUGAUGUGGGCCGCAUUCGGCCCAGAUCUGAGCCGCAUUGUAAAACCAUAUCUGGCCCUACACCGGCCCGACGCUGGGCCAGAACAGGUUCCUGAUAUCAGUCUGAAUUCAACCUCAACUAAGCCACAUCUUUCAUGAGCCAUAUUUGACCCACAUUAAAAAAAGUCUGAAAAAUGACUGUUAUAAAAAUGUUUAUUGUCAUAAUUUGUGAGCCUCACAAAUAACUCCACAUAUACUGGAAAAAAAUGCACUUUUCUUUAUUUAACAGUGAACACAAAGUCCAAAUUGGGAUGCAGCUUACUCUUGAACGGUAUUUUUCUGUCCAUCAAAUUGUUGCGCUCUCAUGCUCUCCUUCCUGUCACCGCCCCGAUCAGGAGCCAGACGCAGCCAUCUUUUGAUUGUGAGGUCAAUUUCCUGGUCUGAGGCCCAAGAUGUUAGGCUGUUAGGUCUCACAGCGGCUGUAAGAACUGUAAGAAAACAAGAAUGGACAGUGUGUUAAGAAAAAAAACAUUUGUACAUGUCAUGAACAAUGAAUGGUCAGUAAAAAUAACCCCUGAAAUUCCUUAUAAUAAUAAUAAUAAUACAUUUCAUUUAUAAGCAUCUUUCAAGACACUCUAGGACACUUUACAACCAAAACUAAACUAGGUGUGACGCUGUGGGGUGGAAUAUUUGCCACCAAAAACUAAACUUGAAUAACUUUUAAAUAGUUUAUACUGAAUUUGAAUUACCGGUACGUGAAUUGAAGGUCAGUGGCUCAGAUAAUGGAUGGAUUUGUAUUUUACUCUGAAUCUUAUUGAAUAACUGAAUCUGAAUUGUACAAUCUGAAUUUGAAACGAUAGACUUUUUUUUCUUUGAAACUGGAUUUCAUCCUCACUGAAAAUUAAAUUCUGUUUAUUUUCAUAUUCAGUCUUACAAAUACAAAACAACGUUUUUUUCAACGUCAGAUUUUGUUUUUGAAUUGAGGUACUAAGUUUCAAAUUAACUUUAUGGUCAAGUAUGAAGUAUCCGGUUUGUAUUGCACCAAAACGGAAUCAGAAUUAAUUUCAUUGUAUUUCAGUGCAGAAAGGGUUAUUUUUGGCAGCACCUCUCACUGUUCAAUCACCUACAUUUUCACAAGUGAUGUGUCGGUCGCGAACGAGCCGGUACAAAGAGCC